AUGAAGACCAGAUUGACAAGCACACCAGUCUUAACCAUACCUAAUAUCGAGGAGCCGUAUGAAGUGUAUUCCGACGCAUUAAGACAAAGACUUGAGUUUGUUAUGAUGCAAGGAGGACAUGUUGCAGCUUACACAUCUAGUCAACUAAAGCCUCGUGAACAAAAUUAUCCCACUCAUGACUUGGAGUUAGUUGCAAUGAUUUUUUAUCAUCCUGAAAAAGCCAACGUGGUAGUUGACGCACUCAGCAGAAAGAUCUCGGGAAUUCUGGCGUCUUUGACUUUGGAGGAUUGGAAAAGGACUGAGGUAGUAGAUGGUUAUGAUCUUCAAUAUUAUGAGGAUUAUAAUCAAGGUAUGGCGUACAACUUGGUUUCUAAGCUCGCCCUUCUACAACAAAUCAAGCAGAACAAAUGGCAGGAUCCACAUCUUCAAGGAGUUUGA